AAUUUGGCAUGUUCAAAGGGAUCUUCAAAAAGGAGAAAGUCGUGGAACUCUGGAAAUAUGUGGAAUCAAACUACCUUCCAGGAGCUCCACCAAUCUACAGCGAUCCCUUGGGGCUCCUCGUUUACCUUCUGUCUAAGUUGGGGGCACAGCCACAAGUGGCUAAGAUCCUAAAAGUUGCUAUGGAAGUUGGGGAGACAGACAUCAAUCAACUUUUUGAAGAAGUGGAAAUGGCUGUGCAACUUGUCAGAGAGAAGGCCGUGGAAAUUUCUACCUUUGAAAGGCAGACUGAGAAGGAUGAGUUUCUAAUAACAUUGAGAACUGCAUCUGGAGUUCUUGCAUUUUACUGGGAUAAACUAUUGGAAUACACUGAGAGCCAGCCAUUCCAUAACAAGUAUUUAGCUGCUGUAAGGAGGUGGAAGGAGAUGAGUGUGUUGAAAGAUACUGAAAAAUAUCACGUGAUUUAUAGCCCAGAAACGGGACUUAAAGCCUGGACUUGGGCAGAUGAGCGUUUUAGUGAUCUUUUUGACAAUGCUGCCCUAGAAUAUGAUCGAUGGGGUAAUGGGAUUUUUGGAGAUGAGAGAUUCAAUCAAUCCAGCUGGGCCAUUAUGAAGAUGGUGACAGUAUACCCUCUUCCAAUUUAUGAAAGAUUGUCUGAAAAUGGCCUUGGGAUGUCUGAAGUUAAUGAUUUUUUUAUCGACACUGAAAACACUCUCACUGAUUUGUUAGGUGAAGACAUCUUGUUCAAUUUGAAGGCUGUGAUUUAUGAAAUAUGGAAUAUUAUUAGUAAUGAAAUUUUUCAUGUUUCCAUAAACAAGAAAAACCAAAUUACAUCAAAUGUGGAAUAUGAGGACCCACUGCGACAUUUACGCAAAAUUAAAGAGACAUGCUUUGCCAUCUGGGACAGAGUUCUCUCUGAGAUGAACCGACAAAUUAAAAAUGUUGGACACAAAGAAUUAGCAAGCCGCUGGGAUGAAGUGAAGAGAAUUUUCAUUAAAGAGUUAACUGACAGUGGAGAAAUAACUCAAGAGAAGCUUGAUGAAGCACAAAAAAGCCUUAAUAGUGUCACACAAAUGUUCUUCGACAAAUAUGUAAAAAUGAUCGAUGGUCUGGAGGAAAGGAUCAGUGCUUCCACAGAAAUUAUUGGCAAAGUGAUGCUGAUGGCUAUUUUUACCACAGAUUCGGUCCUGGUUAAUCUGGCCUCUCUGAUCUCUAAUUAAUUUCUCAAGUAUGUUUACCAGUGUUCAAUCACUGAAGUUGUAUGAUUGGAACGCUAAUAGUGAUGGCCCUUCCUUACCCUAAAAUCUACAGGAGUUUUAUAGUGCUUUGAGUCAAUUACGUUGAAAUCGGGUCUAGUAGUGUCUGACCUGAAGGCCUCAUCAUUUCAUUGUGAGGACGCAACUGAUGCUCGUUCCUAAAUGUGUCUACAAAAUAUUUUCUGGUUUUUGUAUCCAAAAAUUUACAUUUGCCAAAAAUGUACUCGUCCUCAGGCCAUCUGUAAUGUAGAGGAGUUUUUUUCUUUAUCUGAAACGGAUUUGGAGAAAUUUAGCAUUGCAUGUACAUCACUUGCUCGCCACUAGAUCUUGUGUAAUGGGUGCCGUCAGAAUUAGAGUCCAAAUGACUGACAAAAACGGAAAUCACAAUAAUCCACCAAUCCAGUCCAUCAAUUAAUGUCUUGUGAAGUGAAAAGCUGCAGGUUUCUAAGAAAUAAAGCCAUCAUUAAGGUGUUUUAUUAUUAAAUUGUUGCUUCUGGCCCAAAUAUGAGUCCAUAAUCCAUAAAAAUCUUCCUCCAGUGAAAAAGUCCAUCUGAUGUCCUCUCUCAUCAAAGUCCUCUGACAUAUUUUUUGGGACAUAUAUGUUUCAGACUUGUGACUGGUGCUUGAUCUGUUGAGGCGAGACCACCUUUUCACUGGAGAAAACAAUAAUAAUGAUAGAGGACUCAUUUAAAGUUAACGGCUCUUAAUGAUGGAUGUGUAUAAAACAAACACAUAGCAUUUUGCUUAGCAUAGCAUCCAGAUGACUGGAGUCAUGUUGGUUAUAUAUGUGGAUUAUUGGGAUGUUUUUUAUCAGCUGUUUGGACUCAUUCACUGCAGCGAGUAUUGUAAUGCUAAAUUUCUCUAUUUAUUUGAAGAAACAAACUUGUUUAUUUUUUGGAAUUUCAGCAAAUUUAAAUUUUUGGGGAAAUUAUUCAUUUGAUGCUGUAUUAAAUGGUACACAUUAUAAACUGUCUGUAUUGCUUACCAAAUUUUGUCAAAAAAAAAGUUAAAGAACAUCUGAUCUGCUUUAUAUGAUUUUAUGACCCCUUUUUCUUAAUGAAGAAUAGCGUAAUCAGAAGGAUGUUCUUAUCUACCAAAGCGCCAUGCAAAGAUGAUGGCAGCAGUGAGUUGGAGAAAAUGUGGCUAACAUCUGUUUUUGGGUCUGCCAAGUCUGCAAAAAGGGAAAAAAAGCAACAUGCAUAAAUACUUUACUGCC